CGGGAGGGCGCGGCCGAGGCGGAGCACGGCGGCGGGCGGACGAGAUGCGAGCGCGGCGGCUCUGGGCCGCUGUGCUGGUGCUGGGGGCGCUGGCGGGCGUCGGCGUCGGAGGGCCCAACAUCUGUAUCACACGAGGCGUGAGCUCCUGCCAACAAUGUCUGGCUGUGAGUCCCAUGUGUGCCUGGUGCUCAGAUGAGGCCCUGCCUCUGGGCUCACCCCGCUGUAACCUGAAGGAGAAUCUGUUGAAGGAUAACUGUGCCCCGGAGUCCAUCGAGUUCCCUGUCAGUGAUGCCAGAAUCCUGGAGGACAGGCCCCUCAGUGACAAGGGCUCUGGAGACAGCUCCCAGAUUACUCAAGUCAGUCCCCAGAGGAUUGCGCUCCACCUGCGGCCAGAUGAUUCGAAGAGUUUCUCCGUCCAAGUCCGGCAGGUGGAGGAUUACCCCGUGGACAUCUACUACUUGAUGGACCUGUCUUACUCCAUGAAGGAUGAUCUGGGGAGCAUCCAGAACCUGGGUACCAAGCUGGCCUCCCAGAUGCGCAAACUCACCAGUAACCUGCGGAUUGGCUUCGGGGCCUUUGUGGACAAGCCUGUGUCUCCAUACAUGUUUAUCUCCCCACCAGAGGCCCUUAAAAACCCCUGCUAUGAUAUGAAGGCCACCUGUUUGCCCAUGUUUGGCUACAAACACGUGCUGACGCUAACUGACCAGGUGACCCGUUUCAAUGAGGAGGUGAAGAAGCAGAGUGUGUCACGGAACCGAGAUGCCCCAGAGGGUGGCUUUGAUGCCAUUAUGCAGGCUACAGUCUGUGAUGAGAAGAUUGGCUGGAGGAAUGAUGCAUCCCACUUGCUGGUGUUUACCACUGAUGCCAAGACCCAUAUAGCAUUGGAUGGAAGGCUGGCAGGCAUUGUCCAGCCCAAUGAUGGGCAGUGUCAUGUUGGCAGUGACAACCAUUACUCUGCCUCCACUACCAUGGAUUAUCCCUCUCUGGGGCUGAUGACUGAGAAGCUAUCCCAGAAAAACAUCAAUUUGAUCUUUGCAGUGACUGAAAAUGUAGUCAAUCUCUACCAGAACUACAGUGAGCUUAUCCCGGGGACCACAGUGGGGAUUCUGUCUGCCAAUUCCAGCAAUGUCCUUCAGCUCAUUGUUGAUGCUUAUGGGAAAAUCCGCUCUAAAGUAGAGCUGGAAGUGCGUGAUCUCCCUGAGGAGUUGUCUCUAUCCUUCAACGCCACCUGUCUCAACAAUGAGGUCAUCCCAGGCCUCAAGUCUUGUGUUGGACUCAAGAUUGGAGACACGGUGAGCUUCAGCAUUGAGGCCAAGGUGCGUGGCUGCCCCCAGGAGAAGGAGAAGUCCUUCACCAUCAAGCCUGUGGGCUUCAAAGACAGCCUCACCAUCCAGGUCACCUUCGACUGCGACUGUGACUGCCAGGCCCAGGCUGAGCCUCACAGCCACCGCUGCAACAAUGGCAAUGGGACCUUUGAGUGUGGGGUGUGCCGCUGCGGGCCUGGCUGGCUGGGGUCCCAGUGCGAGUGCUCGGAAGAGGACUACCACCCCUCCCAGCAGGAUGAGUGCAGCCCCCGGGAGGGCCAGCCCAUCUGCAGCCAGCGGGGAGAGUGCCUCUGUGGCCAGUGCGUCUGUCAUACCAGUGACUUUGGCAAGAUCACGGGCAAGUACUGCGAGUGUGAUGACUUCUCCUGUGUCCGCUACAAGGGGGAGUUGUGCUCAGGUCAUGGCCAGUGCAGCUGUGGGGACUGCCUGUGUGACUCCGACUGGACCGGCUACUACUGCAACUGUACCACACGCACUGACACCUGCAUGUCCAGCAACGGGCUGCUGUGCAGUGGCCGGGGCAAGUGCGAAUGUGGCAGCUGCCUCUGCAUCCAGCCAGGCUCCUACGGGGACACCUGUGAGAAGUGUCCCACCUGCCCUGAUGCCUGCACCUUUAAGAAGGAGUGUGUGGAGUGUAAGAAGUUUAACCGGGGAGCUCUCUACGAGAAAAAUACCUGCACCCGUUACUGUCGUGAUGAGAUUGAGUCUGUGAAGGAGCUUAAGGAUACUGGCAAGGAUGCAGUGAAUUGUACCUACAAGAAUGAGGAUGACUGUGUUGUCAGAUUUCAGUACUAUGAAGACUCCAGUGGAAAGUCCAUCCUUUAUGUGGUAGAAGAGCCAGAGUGUCCCAAGGGUCCUGACAUCCUGGUGGUCCUUCUUUCAGUGAUGGGGGCCAUUCUGCUCAUCGGCCUUGCUACUCUGCUCAUCUGGAAGCUCCUCAUCACCAUCCAUGACCGGAAGGAGUUUGCUAAAUUUGAGGAAGAGAGAGCCAGAGCAAAAUGGGAUACAGCCAACAACCCACUGUAUAAAGAGGCCACAUCCACCUUCACCAACGUCACCUACCGGGGCACUUAAUGAGAAGGAGUUGUCCUCAGAUCAUUACCAGACUGUCCCAGGAUUGUAGGCGUCUCUGCUGUCAUGUUUACAGGGGACAAUAUCUGUGGGGUGGGAUUGGGGGCUUGGAGUGGGGUGGGUUAGAAGAAUGUCAGUAUGUGGAAGUGUGGGUCUGUGCAUGUGUGCGUGUGAGUGUGCUAUGUGAGGGGGAAUGUGUAAUUUAAAACUUGUGAUGUGUCACAGAUAAGCGGAGCUCCUCAGCCUUUGUCCUCAGAAUGCCUCCUUCAGGGAUUCUUCCUGCUUAACCUGAGGGUGACCCACGACCCACGUAGCUGAGCAGGUGUUCUUUAUUACCUCAGCGAGAAGCCAGCUUUCCUUUUCGGGCUAUUCUCCCUGAAGAGAAGGGCAAAGCUGAGGCCUCUCAUUCCAGAGAAAUGGACCUUGACUCUACCCUGAGUUUAUGGUUCUUGGGCCUGACUCUCAGCAGUUAUGGUAGGAACUGCUGGGCUUUGCAGCCUUGUUGUGUCAUCUGUGCCUCUAUCUCCUUUCCCUUCCCUCAGGCUGAAGGAGAAAUCAGGGGAGAGCUGAACCCUCAGAGUUGCCCAUGCCUUUACCAUCACCUCAAUCCAGCAUGGUUCUCUCAUACGGGGAGUCCUUGCUACCUAAUUCUUUGAUCUGUUUGGAGUGAGGUUGGCAGGGUCACCCAGGGGUCAUGCAUGGCCUGGGGGAAUGUGCCAGGGUCUCCCAGUUCAUAAUCAUCACCCUCAGAUUUGCCUUAUUGGCAGCUCCACCCUAGAGGUUCUUUUAGAAGAAGUGUGUCACUUAGACCAGCACCACCUCUUUACUCCUACUUCCACACUCUUACUGCUGUAGACAUUUGCUACGUACUGGGAAUUUCUCUCAUGACCAAAAGCUUUUCCUCCCAGGAAGAGUGCUAUGGUUAGAGCCAGAGGUCUGGCCCUGCCCUCAGGCCUUCUGCCCCUUGUCCAAGGCACCUCCACACACCCAACCCUGUGCUUCUCUGUGCUAUGUCCAUCCAUGGGGAUGAUUGCAUUUAUCUACCUCUUGGGUGUCUUGUGAAGGAAUCAUUCCCAUGGGUCUCUGAGUCUGCUGGGCAUAAGUGCCAGGGUGGAAUGAUGGGCCAGUUGUAGCAACAUGUGUGGCCUAUUCUCCUAUGGGCUAAGCAACCAUAUGUUAACUCAGUCUUUAAUCUGAGAGGCCACAAGUACAAUUUUAUUUUAUUUUUCUCCUUGGGGCACCUGAAACCAUGAUGAGGCUUUGCUUAAUCUAAAGGAACAUGUAUAGAAACACACUUGCAUUAUAUUUGUAAUUUUAUGUGACAAGGAGGAAGGAGAGUAUUAAAAAACCACACAGACUUGGGCUGAAUACAGACACUCCCACUUGGCAUCAUUCAUAGGAGGUCGCUGUCUAGUUGUCAGGUCUGUGAGGGCUCCCUCUUCCUGGAAGUCUGUGGGGUGGAUGCGUGGAUAUGCUGGACUUUCUUGAGGAGAAGGGAAAUGGGCUGUGCUUUUUUCCUAGCAACAGCUGUUGCUCCAUGGGUGCUUACAUUCUUUCAACAUUAACAACCACCCUUACCCCCCAAGAAAAAGGGAAGGACCACAUCUAAGUCCUGACCUCAGUGUUGCAGCUAAGGAACCUUUAACCUUAAUUAAGGCAAGUCACUUUCUUCUCCCUGAGGCUCAGUUUUCUAGUUUGAAAAAUGAUGGGUUUAGACCAGCUAGUCUAGAAGGUCUGUUUCAAUAUCAACAUUCUAAGAUGCUGUGGCAUCAAACAUGCAGUCAAGAUUCUGUGGAAUGUUGGUAUUGUUUGUUUUUUAAGUGGGGAUAUCUGCGAGACCUGGCUUUGGCAAGAGCAGAUAUUAUUACAUAUUACCUUUCUUGAUUAAGAAGCCUUGUUCUAUCCUCUCUCAGAACCCCUCCAACUUUUGUUAGCAGUUAUAUCUGCUGAUGUAGCACUUAAGCUCCACUUAAUUAUUAUUUCUUUGUUCACUUUGCACACAUUUGCAUCCACAUAUUAGGGAAGAGGAAUUCAUAAGAAGUAGCUGAAAGGUGUAUUCUGUAUCCAUGUGUUAACACUGAGAAUAAGCCUUGGAAUUAGGAAUGGGGCAGAUGACUGAGCCCUGUCUCACUCACGGAUUACUCCUUACUAUAGGGGAUGGUAAGGGAUAAAUGGGGGAGGGAUGAUCAUGAAUCCAAGAGGUUUAGAACCUUACUGUAACCUUUGGCUACUGAGACAAGAGUCCAUUAGGGUAGUAGUUGGACAUUUUCUUUAGAUAAGAUAGUUGAUAUGAAAAAACUGUCAAAGAGUGUAUCCAAAGGAUGAAAAAAUCAGUAGGAAUUUUGUCUGAGCUUCUGGAAUGAGGCUCCUCGGCCUUGAAGACCAGUACUGUUUAUCUGCAUGUGGGGAGAACCUGUAACUAUGUUCACGAGACAGCAAAUAGCAGUCAGUUUUGGCAUCAUGUAGGGUAAACACUUAUACAGUAUUUCGGCAUCAGACAACACAGCCCAAAGAGGUUAUUUGUACCUAGCUCUCUUGGAGAUAAUUUACGUUCAAUCUCAGGGUCUGUGGACAAUAAUGGGAAACUUGGAACAUUUCUGAGAAGUUGUCACAUCAGGAGUCAGUUCUUUACCUCUCAGAUAUUCCUAGACCAUCCAUGAUUUCAAGAUACUUCUCUUUGUCAAGUAUUCCUGGUUGAAAUUACUUAAGUGCCUUCCUGACUUCCUAACCACCUCCUCUGUUUGAGUUGUGCAACAGUGAAUUAAAUGUGCUUUCCAAAAAGAA